GAGAUGGUGCUUAAUGCCUAACUCUAGUGCCAAAUUAUUUAGGAUUUAAUAAUCAUUAGUAGCAGUAAUGCAGUUAAAAAAUGUGCAUUGAAGAUUUCUUAAAAAUUUAAUUUUUGUAUUUGGAGUGUAAAUUUUUACUUCAUUUAUUUUUAAUACUUUUUUUUAGAAGUGCAGAAAUGUUAGGACAUCCAGAUUUGAAUAUAGAUGUUAAAAAAUUAGGUCCUCUACUUGAAAACAACAUAGUGGAAAAUCUAAUAGAUGAGUAUCUAAAAAAUCUUAAUACAAACUAUCAAGAUUGGAUGAAGAAUACAUUAGCAUCAGAAGUUAAGGAUUGGCAGAGAGAAAUUGAACCAGAGAAAGAUGGGGAAAAUCUAUUUCAUACUUCAUUACCUGUUAUUGUUUUUCAUAUGAUUGAUCAACAUGUAAGUAAAAUUUAAAUGAAAGAUAAAAUAUUCAAAUUCUUAAUAUAAUAGAU